AUCCGAGUGAUCACGCAGCCAGCACGGCCGCCAGGAGGGCGCUCCCAGUGAGGAGGGAAAAGGUGUGUUCACAGCCACCCAGGAGGAGGAGUGACACAGCCCGAUUGGGAAAUCCCUGGACACGAGAAUAUAAAUUCCUGCCCAACUGCUGGGCUUCUACGGAGGGCGAAGGGCCUGGCAGCCUUCCCGGGAGAGAAGCCCCAGGUGAAAGAUGCAGAGCUGCAGGCUACGGGGUCUUGGACCUGAGGUCUCCCCUUCCUGUGUCCUCCUGAAGUUUUGGGGAGCAAUGGCCAUCUGGUCCAUGUUGACAGUGGGUGUUUCUGCCUUCGUCAUUCAGCCUGAAGAACACACAGUGGCUGCAGGAAACUGCCAUUUUCGUGGCAAGCAUCCCCAAACCAGGCUCAAGGUAGAAGGGGAGCCUGUGGCCAUGAGGUGUCCCCAGGUGCCAUACUGGGACUCUGCCAGCGCCGGUGUCAAUGUGACAUGGCGUAGAAAUGAUUCCACGACCAUCCCAGGGGAAGAAAAGACGCGAGUGUGGGUCCAGGACGGUGCUCUCUGGAUUGUGCCAGCCUUGCAGGGGGACUCCGGCACCUACAUCUGCACUGUCAGAAAUGCCUCUUACUGUGAUGAAAUGUCUGUGGAGCUUGGAGUCUUCGAGAAGACAGAAGCUUCCCUGUCUCUCAUGUCAUACCCGCAGAUUAUACCCAUGUCAACCUCUGGCUUAUUAGUGUGCCCUGAUCUGAGUGAAUUCAUCCAUAAUAAAACAGAUGUGAAGAUUCAGUGGUACAAGGAGUCUGUCCCUUUGGAUCAAGGUGGUGAGAAGUUUCUGAGUGUGAGGGGAACUCGCUUACUUGUAAACAAUGUCUCUGUGGAGGAUGCGGGCUAUUACACCUGUGCCAUGACAUUUGCCCAUGGAGGAAGGUCAUACAACAUCACUAGGAAUAUCAAACUCCGUAUCAAAAAAAAAGAAGAGGAGACAAUUCCCGUGAUUAUCUCCCCACGCCAGACCAUAUCUGCUUCACUGGGCUCGAGACUGACGAUCCCAUGUAAGGUGUUUCUGGGAGCUGGGAUCCCCACGACCACCGUGCUAUGGUGGAUGGCCAACAACACUCACAUAGAUGAUGCCUACCAGGGAGGCCGCGUGACUGAGGGGCAGCGCCAGGAAUACUCAGAAAAUAAUGAGAACUACAUUGAAGUGCCACUGAUUUUUGAAAGAGUCAUAAGAGAGGAUUUGCAUACGGAUUUUAAAUGUGUUGUCAUUAAUACCAUGAGUUUCCAGACGCUUCGUACCACAGUCAAAGAAGCUGCCUCAUUCUCCUGGGGGAUUGCGCUGGCCCCCCUCUCCCUCAUCAUCCUGGUUUUGGGAGGAAUAUGGAUGCACAGACGGUGUAAACGGAGAACUGGAAAAACCUAUGGUUUAGUAGAGUUAAAGACUGGCCAUCAAGAUUCCUAGUCCUGUCCCAGUAAAAUAAAGGAAGUUAAAUAAUUCCAAUCCAGUGAUGUCCUUUCUUAUGGAAGCAGCUCUGGCUUGUGAAGGAUACUGUUCUUUUCCUCAGUUGUUUAACAUAGCUGCUCUGUUUAUAGUGGGUUUGUAAUAAAAGAUUGAAAUGUU